AUGGCGAUAUUUAAAACUCCCAUCGGAACCGACCAUGAUAGCGACCCUAAACCGGAAUUGUACAAAAUUCGAGAAGACUUGGAACUAGGCGACGUCAAAAAGCUGCGUGUCGACGACGGAGUCGAUGAUGGGCAGACGAUUGUUGUCAAGACCGAAAACGAGGACGUCACAUCCACGAGCGACAUCUGUCCCCCUAGCCCAGCUCAAGAUUCCACAGGACCAAUUGAUAGCGAUGGCCGUGUGUGGUGGGAUGGCGAUAACGACCCCGAGAACCCGUAUAACUGGCCAAGCUGGCGGAAAAUUACAAACUCUGUGCUGAUCAGCCUUCUCACUCUGAUGACACCUCUGGCGUCCUCCGUCUUUUCGCCCUCAGUCCCAGAGCUGAUGAAGGAAUUCAAGAGUUCAAACCAAGAGCUCGCAGCAUUUGUUGUCUCCGUCUACGUCCUCGGUUUUGCGAUUGGCCCCUUGUUCCUGGCCCCUUUGUCAGAGAUGUAUGGGAGAUACUGGCUGUAUAAUAUUUCAAACGUCGGCUUCGUCAUCUUUACCGUGGCGUGUGCUUUGGCGCCUUCCCUUGACUCUCUUAUCGUCUUCCGUUUCUUUGCCGGCUGUUUCGGAUCCACGCCCAUGACCAAUGGUGGUGGAAGUAUUGCGGACAUGUUCCCACCAGAGCAGCGAGCGGGUGUCAUGGCAGCUUUCAGUGUCGGUCCACUGCUGGGCCCCAUCAUUGGGCCUGUAGUGGGAGGCGUUCUCUCAGAGAAGAAAGGCUGGAAAUGGGUCUUCUGGGUGGUAGCCAUCAUCAGUGGUGUCAUAGCGCUUGCAUCAUUCUUUUUGAUGAAGGAGACUUACGCGCCAGCCAUCCUUCAUAAGAAUACAAAGAAACUCCGGAAGGAGACGGGGAAUGGGAGUUUGCGUAGCAAGCUAGAGAGCGAUAUCCCUAAAAAGGAACUAUUCAAAAGAGCCAUCUUGCGCCCCGCGAGACUGCUCAUAUUCUCCCCGAUUUGCACCAUUUUUGCAGUUUAUAUCAUGGUUGUAUACGGGUAUCUUUACCUUCUCUUCUGUUCUAUUCCAUUUGUCUUCCAGAAGAGUUACGGAUUCUCCGCUAGCAUCACAGGGCUCGUCUACCUCGGACUUGGUGUCGGCUGCUUGAUUGGUAUGGCUAUAUUUUCCAUCGAUAGUGCGAUAGCGAUGAAGAGGAACAAAGAAACCGGAGAGGCCCUGAAACCCGAGAUCCGCAUGAGACUUCUUCCUUAUUCAGCGGUUAUCUUUCCCGUUGGAUUCUUUUUGUACGGCUGGACUACGCAGUAUGAGGUUCAUUGGAUCGUCCCGAUCAUUGCGCUGGCCAUUAUUGGUAUUGGGAAUCUGGGAGUUUUUAUGGCUGUCAGCGUUUACCUUGUAGAUGCAUAUGAACAAUAUGCGGCGUCGGCACUGGCAGCAAAUACAGUGAUGAGGUCCAUCGCAGGUGCCCUCCUUCCCCUAUGCGCACUCGACAUGUAUGACAAGCUAGGCAUGGGAUGGGGAAACUCCCUGCUCGGAUUCUUGGCCUUGGCUCUUGUGCCCAUACCGUUCUUCAUCAAACGCUACGGAGAGAAGCUCAGAAACAGUUUCGACAUGAGCAGCAUUUGA